AUGAACAGGCCCCAUGCUUUCCUGAUGACCCUGCUGGUGAUGAGCUACUGGACAACAUGCUCUCUAGGCUGUGACCUGCUUCAGAUGUAUAACUUGGGGUACAGAAGGCCUUUGAUUCUCCUGGGGAAAAUGAGGAGCUCCCCUCUCUCCUGCCUGAAAGAUAGAAAUGACUUUGAAUUCCCCCAGGAAGAGUUUCAUGGUAAUCAGAUCCAGAAAGGUCACUCCCCCUCUAUCCUCCAUGAGCUGACCCAGCAGAUCCUGAACCUCUUCAGUUCUAAUGACUCUUCUGCUGCAUGGGAGGCAAGCCUCCUAGAGGAAUUCUGCACUGGCCUCUAUCAGCUGCUCAAUGUCCUGCAAGCCUGUCAGAUGCAGCAGGUGGAGGCACUAGAGCCUUCCCUGAGGCAGGAGAACUCCCUAGUAGCUCUGAGGAAAUACUUCCACAGGAUCACUGCCAACCUGAGAGAGAAGAAACACAGCCCUUGUGCCUGGGAGGUGGUCAGAGCAGAAAUCGUGUGA